AUUGAAAUUAAAAAAGAAAAAAAACAGCAAACGAAGAAAGAAGGAAAAAAUAAUUUCCAAAAAUAUAUCGAGCUCCUGGAUAUGAUAAUGGACAAGCCUGCUGUCCACCCCACGACGAAGGAACUACGUAUAGGUAAGAUAAAUCGAAGAAUAAAUAUAAAUAAACGUAAGAGGACCGUACGAGAGAAUAUUCUAUCGAAUUUAAAAGCAAAUAGGAUUAAUUCAAUACUGGAUUUUUUUUCACACGUUAGAAAGAGAUAGAAAGUAGAGAGAAGAUAAGGAAAAUACCACGACCUCGUUUCCAUUAUUUUGCACGCAAUUGCAUCGAUACAAAGAAGAAACGAUAAAUCAGAGGCAACGAAAUAUUCACGACAAAUUCUCGCGGGAACGAUAAACGUUGUACUUUCAACGUUCUAGUAGAUUAUGCGAAUGAAAAAUCAUCUCGUAUAUCCCGACGUAUACGUAAAACUGUUAAAAGAUUUACGAACGCGUUGUAUUACAUAAAACCUCUUUAGAUCGACACGAAAUUAUUAUUCGUAUUUUCACCCGAAUGGUAAUAUGAUAAUGACACUCUCGAAAAUUUAACAACGUUUGUCUGUUGACACGUGACGUAACGAUCCAUCUUCGAUUCCCCAAGAUGACUUUAUAACUUUCCAAAAGAUUCGAUCGAUUGCUCGUUUGCUUCGUUGAAACAUUUUCUAUUUCAAUAAGGAAAGAGAAUAGGGAUGGAGACAAAGAAACAUUUUUUAAACAAAAAAUAAAAGGAUAAAGAAAAAAAAAUCUAUAUAAAAAUCUCGAAGGUUAAGGAUAGUAUCCAAGAGGAUGCACGUCGAUGUCAUCAAUCACGAUGUCUCUCUAUUGUCUUCCGAAGGGAACAGUACUGCGUACAUAAAUUUACAAGCUGUCUCUUCGUGUUUCUGCAAACUAUUCUCCGACCACGCAUCCCUUUCUCUCUCUCUCUCUCUUUCUCUCUCUCUUUCUCUCUUUCCCUUUCUUUCUCUCUAUCUAUCUAUCUAUCUAUCUUUACAUCUCUUUAAGCAAAAGAAAAAAAUGACGAAAUCGUCGAGUUCGUUUCUCGAAAAUAUCUCAACUUAUCUACUACGGCGAAUGCAACAAAAGAUUGCUUACACCUACAACAAUGCAGAUAACGAUGCACGAACCUAAUCGGUAAGUCGAAACGACUCGAUCUUUCCGCAAAUGGAAAUAUCGGUGCUUAACGAUCAGACGGAUUCGCAGAGAUCGAUAGUCGCACGUGUUUUAUUCUCUCGUCAUUUCACAAGCGUCCUAUCAACUUUUACGUAUCGUUAUUUUUAUUAUUAUUAUUAUUAUUAUUAUUAUUAUUAUUAUUAUCAUGUGUAUUAUUAUGAUCAUCGAAGAAAAAGGAUACUAAGGCGAAGAAGAGGACACGAAAGGUAACGAUACGGCACCCUUCGAAUGAUCGAGAUCGAUCAAGCCGAUAAAUCGCUACCGUUAGGAUGGAUACGGUUUUCUUCGUGGAAUGCAAUAUGGGUUCGGUUAGAAGCAAAUCACGGAGUAGUAGCAGAAAUAAAAUGUCAACGAUGUCGCGGCACGCUUGCACCAAAGAGCAAACGCAUCCUCUUAAAAGGUUCCGAGAUAGAGAGUAUUGUUGUGUGAUCUGGCGUACCCUUAAACGAGCGAGUUCUCGUUCUUACGUUCGUGACGACGUUGCCCUUUCCACGUCGGAUCCGUUUUCAAAACCGACAACCGACAUGAUAAUGUCUCAUGCGUCUCUCCUCCUCGAAAGAUAUCGAGAGAAUUAUAGCGAGCGAGUUAAAUGGAACAACGAUUUUAUUAUGGAUCGAGGACUUCGAGGACUCGACGAACGAUUAGUCCGCCAUUUUGAAAGACACGAGACUAUAAGAUUACAUCGGACGUGUCCAUUUAAAUUCGUCAAAAUGUCUACGAAUAAUACGGUCUUAUUUCAGAUAUAAGAAAAUCUUUACGAAUGAAAUAAAAUUCAUUCGUUAGAAAUUCGAAUUAGAUAUGAUUGAAUCGGGAUGAUAUUAUUUUUAGCAUCGACGAGAAAAGUACAUUUUUAUGGAUAAAAAUUUCGAUAGAGAUUUAGAGAUAGAGAGGGUCGAUCGUGUUCCUUUCUAAAUCGAUGAAGCAUCGACGUCACGUAAAUGUCGCGCUAUAACAUAGAAUUAGAAGGAGGAGGAGGAGAGAAUAUCGAGUAGAACUUGGUUAUACGAGAGCGAACGAACGAUCGAUGACACGAUCGAUGACUCUUUAAGAUCGGUGCAUACAUCCGGGGAAAAAGAAGAAGAAGAAAUAGAAAACGGGAGCUACCUUUGCCUCUUGUUGUUCUUCUCGAUACAGUCGAGGAACAGUAGAAGACAGUAGAGAAACUCGGAGGGGGAAAAAAGCGUUCAGUUACGAGGAGUAUAUAAGACACGGGGGAGCCAACGAGCUCGGAUAAGCGGUAGAUUCUCUCCUAGGACAAAGGAGCUGCGUGAUUUCGUCGCGUUCCGAUAUAUAUAUAUAUAUAUAUAUAUACAUAUAACAAAAAAAAAAAGAAAAAAAGAGACAGAGAAAAAAAACAAAAAGAAAUAAUCACGCGAAUAUAAAUCUUCGGAUUUGCGAUCGAUCGACCGACCGACCGACUAACCGAUCGAUCGAUCGUUCGUUCGUUCGUUCGUUCGUUCGUUCGUACGUACUUAAGCUCAUCGAUCGUAUUUAAUUACCUUACGUACAUACGUGCGUUCGUGUCGUGUUCGUGGGAUAUGCCAUUUCGAGUGUGUCGUCACAAGUGAUCGUCGUCCUCAGCAACAUCGUCAUGGAUCCUCGUCGAUUUAUCGUCGCACGAUCGUUGGUCGCCGUUUGUCUGCUAGCCGCGACUUACUGUUCGGCUGAAAAAUUGUCACCCGAUCAAAAGGCCCCACCUUUCGCCCGUGGCUCCGGUGGACUUAUUUUGAAGGCACCCUUCGAAGGUGGAGGUCAACCGGCAGGUUCGAGUAACGUUGACGGAGUUCAAAGGGAAGAAAAGGAAGAUAUUAAAAUCGUUGACGGUCAACCGGUUCGCGUUGUGGAAGGAAGUUUCUCUUACAAGAGCCCUGAAGGACUUCCUGUGUCUGUUAAGUACGUCGCCGAUGAAAACGGGAACAGAGCCAGCUUCAAAUUUGGUACUGCCGCUGGAGGUGGUAAUGGAAAAAUUUCUUCUGGAACUUCUUCAGGAGCGAGUCCUACGGGUUAUCCACCGAGAGGACCACCCAAUGGCGUUGGCAAUGGAAAGGAACCAGGAUUAUAUUUGCCACCUGGAGGCAACAAGGAUAAGAAUGUCGAUAGAAAAUAUCUUCCACCGCAAUAAUCGAUCUCCCUCGUACUGUCCAACCUGGCAUUUCAAUUAGAAAGGAUUGGAAAAAGAAUUUCAAUGCAAUCGAUAGAGACGAUCGAUAAUUCGAUCCUUCUUCUUUUUAACUAACGACGCGUUAAAAAAAAAAAAUAAAAGAAAGCGCGUGAGCUCCAUUUAAAUUGACUAUAGUUGUAGAAAACGCGCGUCGUUUAGAAAUAUAUAUUUCAAAAAUAAUUUACGACGACGUUUAAGCGUCGUAAUCACGAACCUAUGUACAAAGAUUCCAAUCCGUGUCUCUUCGGGAGAUCACGCGAUAAAAAGAGAAAAAUAUAUUUUUUUAUAAAUUUU